UAUACUCCACUCCAUGCCCUCUCUCUCUCUCUAUCGCCUGAAACGCAGUGUACUCUCCAAGCAGCUGGACAUUAAAGUUGAACCGGAAAACUCUGAAAAAAAAACAAAGGAAAGCGGUCGGUGCGCCAGAUUGAAUUGUAGAGUGAGGAAGACGAAAAUGAAGACAAUGGUGGCUCUUGCUCCUUCCUGUUGCGUAAUUCGUCGCUGGUCAAUUGGCCGCCGCCACUUUCCUCGUAUUAUUAAUGCCCGCGGCAUCAUAAAUAUCAGCAUCGGCACUCAAAAACCCCGACUCAGCCCUUUCUCUUCUCAAUUUUCCCACUCGGAGCCCUUCUCUCCGACAACAAUCGCCAUGGCCUCUUCUUCAACUCAGAGUGCGUCAGCUGCGGAUUCUUCUACUAGUUCUGAAUUAAAUGUUUUCCAGCUCAUUCAGUAUCAUCAGGAAAAGGCUGCUAGGCUGCCUCCUCUUGAAGAAAUUCGGACUGUUUUAGAUCACAGUUCACGCGGCAUGCUCUCUACUUUCUCUCAGAAGCACGAAGGUUACCCGUCUGGUUCAAUGGUGGACUUUGCUUGUGAUGCCUAUGGGUCUCCAAUAUUGGCUGUCAGCAGCUUGGCGGUUCAUACCAAGGACCUCUUAGCUAAUCCAAAAUGCUCAUUGCUCAUAGCAAAAGAUCCCGAGGAUAGGACUGAUUUAGUUAUAACCCUGCAUGGUGAUGCUGUUUAUGUCUCUGACAAAGAUAGAGAAGCAAUACGUACUGUAUACUUGGCUAGGCAUCCCAAUGCAUUCUGGGUUGACUUUGGUGACUUCCAAUUUUUGCGUAUUGAGCCCAAAGUCAUACAUUAUGUUUCAGGGAUUGCAACAGCUUCACUGGGUUCAGGAGAGUUUAGCAAAGAGGAGUAUAGAGCCACAAAAGUGGAUCCUAUAUAUCAGUUUUCCAAGCCUAUUGUGUCUCACAUGAAUAAAGAUCAUGGCGGUGAUACCAAACUGAUUGUGCAGCACUCAACAUCAAUUCCGGUGGAUUUUGCUCACAUGCUGGAUUUGGACAGUCUUGGCUUCAAUGUUAAGGCUGGCUAUCAAGGGGAUACUUUUAAGCUACGAGUACCCUUCCCUAGACGUGCAGUUGAUAGAAAAGAUGUGAAGACCCUUAUAGUUGAAAUGCUUCAAGCUGCAAAGUCUCAAGUUAAUUGAUUCUAUUAAUGAAGGAUGAUGAGGAUCUUGAAAGCACGGAGAGUGACCUCUUCUUUUGAUAUAGCAGAAUGGGAAUGAGAAAACUACUCUAGCCGGUGUGGAUUAGGCUUGCGCAUUAGCUUUGGAUAAAUAUUGUAUUCAAAGGUUGUGGAACCUUUUCCUCUUUCAAUUGGAAUUGGAUGGACCUCAGGAGGAUGGAAAGCCGUUAGGCCAAUGAAGUGGCACUGAAGUUUGAAGCACAAGCAAACAAAAACAAGAACAAAAAAAGAGGAAGGCUUAGGCCGUCCAUCAUCCAUGUGUUUGGGCUUGGACUAACGGUCUCAUCAUAGCCAUAGGGUUGGCCUGUGGCCUGGCCUUUGAAUAAAUAACACCAACAAUCUCAAUCCCUCGCUCUUCUUUGUCAAUUUCCCAUCCCAAUCGCCUUUGCAUUAACACAACAGCCUAACAACGGAGGCAAAGGCAACCAAGACGAGGAUCAAUCUUUUUGUUGUUGCGGUGGCGGCUUCUUCCGUCUCUGGAAAACUGUUUUGAAUGAAUAAGCAUAUAACAUAGCAUAGGACAAAAUAAAUAUAUUUUAAAAGGGGGUGGGUUGGAUAUCUAAGUAUAGAUUAAGUUGUUUUAAAAAAGUUUUUAGAGCACGAGUUAAGUGGUUGAAUUAUGA